GUGAAAUAAGGACAGAAGUCGAUGGCGGGAGAGCGGAAAUACGUUAAAACAGUCGAAAAACGACAAGCUGAGUGAAAGUAAACCUGUAAUGUGGAGGAAACGGACAGUGAGCGCAGUGUAACCGUGACAACGAGACACGAGGACGGAUUUAAAGUGAUCAUAAAAUCGUCUCCAGACGGUCGUCGUUCGGUGACGAUAAAGGAUCUGUUUGCCAAAUGCCAUUAAGCUGUGAGAGAGAGGUGCUGUGGGUAUGCGGCCAUGGCUGCUGUUUGAUGAAGUGGACUGAACUUAAAGGAGAGACACAAAUUAAAGUACUGAUCCCGUCACAUUAGUGUGGAUUUGGUACCAAUACCAUUGUCGGUAUCGCUUCUAUCAAUGCUUGUAUCGAUCCACCCAGCCUCAGCUGAAGCAGCAAUGAGCUCAGUUCAGUAUCUGAGAGAGUUCAUCAAGGAGAGACUAACUGCUGUUUGUGAAGAAAUCUUCUCAGAGGUUCAAAAAACCAUCGUCCAGUAUGAGGAGGAGAUCAACCGUCAGCACAGACUGCUGGAUAUCAGCCGGAAACCCGACAGAAACUCACACAUCAUAGACCUUCCACAACAGCAUGACUGUGAGGAAGAGGAAGGUCUGGAUGAGCAGCAGGUCUGUAACCAGGAGAGGAACUCCAGUCAGGACCAGGAGGACCCAGAGCCUCCACAGAUUAAAGAGAGACAGGAGGAACUCCGCAGCAGUCAGGAGGGAGAGCAGCUUGGACUGAAGCAGACUGAAGGUAUUAUCGUCUGGACUGAUGAAGAGCAGCUCAGACUGCUGGGGACCAUCUGGAAACCUGAGAUAAACUUGCACAGAAAAGACCUCCGACACCAACACAUUUGUGAGAAGGAAGUUCUCACAGACCAGCAGGUCUGUAACCAGGAGAAGAACUCCAGUCUGGACCAGGAGGCUCCAGCGCCUUCAUAUAUUAAAGAAGAACAGGAGGAACUCCGCAGCAGUCAGGAGGGAGCGCAGCUUGAACUGAAGCAAGAGACUGAGCUCUUCAUGGUGACUCGAUCUUAUGAGGAAAGUGACCACAGUGAACCAGAACCAAACAGUGAGCAGCUCCUUUUUCACAGCUCUCCUGAAGCAGAGAGCCAAGAUCAUGAAGAAAGCCAGCAUGUGGACUCAGGAUCAAGUAAAAAUGCAGAGCUGAAGAAGAGGAAACACAGUCAGAGUUUGGACAACACCACUGUGUCAGAGAGUCAAAGUAAAUCUGACAAAGUGAAAAAGUAUGUACAAUGUGAAAUCUGUGGGAAAACCUUACAUACAUCUAAUCUGACUGCACAUUUAAGAGUUCAUACAGGUGAGAAACCACAUUGUUGCACCACUUGUGGCAAAGGAUUCAUUCAGAAAUCAAAUUUGAAGCGUCAUUUGAGAACACACACAGGUGAGAAGCCAUUUUCUUGUAGCACCUGUGGGAAAAGUUUCGGUCUGAAACCAGAGUUGCAACGCCAUCUAAGGAUUCACACAGGUGAAAAGCCACAUUGUUGUAACACUUGUGGGAAAAGAUUUACCGAUCUGUCAGGGAUGAUAGCUCACAGGAGAGUCCACACAGGUGAGAAGCGGUAUUCUUGUAGUACUUGUGGGAAAAGAUUCAUUCAGAAAUCGGGAAUGAAAACUCAUGUAAGAAGUCACACAGGUGAGAAGCCGUAUUCGUGUAGCACGUGUGGGAGAAAAUUUAGUCAUAAAUCAACACUACAAACUCAUGUAAAACUUCACACGGGAGAGAAACCACAUUCUUGUAGCAUCUGUGGCAAAAGCUUUGUUCAAAAGCCACACUUAAGUAGGCACAUGAAAAUUCAUACUACUUGAAGUUUCAUGCUUAGAUAAGAUAGCUGUGAGUAGUAGUAGUCUGUUGGUCAUAAAGCUCACACUGACCAGUUUAAGUUUAAUGACUGCAACACUUGAGUGAAAAAGUCAGUAUUUUUUGUGUAGAGCAGAGCAGUAAAAAGAAAUGUUUUUUAUUUAUUUAUACAAGGAUGAUACAUAUUAACAUUUCUGCAUUUUAAAACCUAUCAGAGCUGAUGUAGGCUGAUAUGGGUAUGCCCUGGACAGGUCAGCUCCUGAGCUAAAACAUAGAUGGUCAAUUAUUCACACCUAUGGGCAAUUUAGGCAAGUAACUAAUGCACCAGUUAAUAUAAAACAAUAUAAAAUCAAACCCUUAAAAAAUCAGCAAUAACAACAAUAUUCAUAAUAAAACAAUCAGGUGUCACAAUAAGAUGCCUCUACAAAAACCAGUUCCUGUCCACCACAAGACAGAAGGGCACAUCACAGGGGUGUGUCACUCCUCUUGCUGUCCACCUCGAGACAGUGUAUAAAUAAGCGUCUGCCUUUAGUGCCUUUUUGAACGGCAUUGUUGUCUGUGACAAUGGGAACACGAAUCUGCUCAGCUGUUCUGCUGUGAGGAAUGCCUGUCUCCAUGCUGACACACCAGCUCCGCCACAAAUUCUUUGUGUGCCAUGGGCAGCACCUGCAUGGCACUGAUUGCCUCACGGUGCAAGAUGAAUGCUUUUCUUGUCUCAAUCUCCAGGAAGUGUAACGAAACAGUCCCGUACCAGCAGCCCCUCUCACAGCCCAGUGUCCAUCUGCAUCCUCCACCUUUCUCUUCACCGUCUCCCCUGAACAUACAGGUGGAUGGUGGUGCACACAGGCACCUCCCACAUGCCCAUCCACUUCACAACAACAAGUGGGUCAUCUCUGAUCCAUCUCACAGAUCCCCUUUCACGUUUUUUGUUGAGAGUAUUUUCCCACCCUCCUGAGCAUUCACUGUGUAGAUACUACAUGCUCCAAAUCUUAUGCUGGUCAGAUCCGGGAACAUUUGGGACUGGUAUAAAACAACUGUCCAUGUAAACAUGGCAUCCUGUGCUAAGCAACAGCUGAAAAAGGUUCAUCACCACAUCAUAAGACAGCCCAUGAUCACUUGCUUUUAAAGUCUUAACAGUGUAUGUGAUUAAUCUAAAGGUUGAGCCACUGUUGAUUCAGCCAAUGUAGAACUUUUCAUCCCUCAUUUAGUUGGUUUUUCCGUCAUGUAUUGUGUCAUGCCAGGCUUUGCUUUAGGUGCCACCAUCCUUUCAUCCUCCUCAGGUGUUAAUAAGCUGGCUGGCACAGAGGAUUUCAUCAUUUUUUACAUCCUACUCAGGAUGUAACCUGUCUCUUGUCAUUAUGUCAUUGAUGGAAGGGGCACAGACAAGGCAUGAUUGUGUCUCCAGUAGUUAUAGUCUUGGCAGCGAUAUGUAAAUCCAGAGACCAAAAAGCUGAUAGAAAUCUUCUGUUCCUACAUCAGUUCAUUUGAAUCCGGAUUUUUAUUUUUUUGCAGCAUUUUGGUUUUUGUCAGCACAGCUUGUGCUGAGUAUGUCAGUGGCGAAAAACAAUAAAAACAGGUCUUUUAGACUACAGCAUUCUCUUAAUUGUCACAGGAGUUACGUUCCGGAACCCCCGCAAUAGGGGAAAAGUAGGAAAUUGAGUAUUUGUAGCAAAAAUAAUUAGAAUUAUAAUCUAAAAAUAAAGAAUACCAUAUCACAGGUUUCAGUGGCCUAAAGAUGGUUUUUAAUUUUUUUUAGAAUGUAAUUAUUAUAUAUUCAAAAAUGUAUUGAUUAUUUAUAAUAUGCAAUAAUUAUUAUUGUUGGUUAAUUAUUAUGUUUUAAUUAAUUUAUCAGGUUUCUGCGCCCUAGGAUGAAAUUCCUGUGAUAAAUCUGCGAUGUGGCGAGUCUGCAAAAGUUGAACGGCGAUGUGGCGUG